AUGCUUCGACCUCUAAUCGUGCUAGCCUCUCUGCUGGCGUUCAGCAAUGCAUACAAGAUUCUAGUGGUGUUCCCCUUUCCAGCCAGGAGUCACUCCAUCCUUGGCAAUGGAGUCGUUGAUGCUCUUCUCAAGGGCAAUCAUGAGAUCACUCAUGUAACUGCAUUCCCUAGGAAGAAAAACUCGCCCAACCUCAGGGAGAUAGAUGUCAGCAAGAAUUUAGUAUUGAUACCAGAUACCAUGCGUAUGGUUGUGGACGCCUUAUUAAGGAAUACUAACUUUGAUAUCGAUAUAUCAGAAUUUGUUGUAAUUACUACAAAAAUGAUUUCUCAAACUAUAGAAAAUCCAGCAGUUCAAGAACUUUUUAAUAAUCCAAACGAAAAAUUCGACGCUAUUGUCAUAGAAUGGUUUUUCAAUGAUGCGUUAUCUGGGUUGUCCGCAAUCUUCAAAUGCCCCUACAUUUGGGUUUCCUCUGUGGAUCCUCACUGGAGAGUUUUGGCUUUGGUAGAUGAAAUGCCCAGCCCCACGUACACUCCCGACAUGACGUCCACUUCAGUCCCACCAUUCAAUUUCAUGCAACGCGCACAAGAGCUGAUGAUGCAAGUAAUGGGAUUGGGACUUAACUAUUUCGUCAUCAAUAACCUGCAACUUAAUGCUUACCAGAAUUUGCUAGUGCCAUUUAUUGAGAAGCGUGGAUACAAAGCACCUUCGCUAAACGAAGUUCUGUACAAUUCUUCUUUGUUACUGUCUAACUCCCAUCCUUCUAUGGGUACAGCUUUAAGCUUACCCCAAAAUGUGAAGGCCGUUGGUGGGUACCAUAUAGGCCGUGAUGUGAAACCUUUGCCCGAUGACCUAAAGAAAACACUCGACAAUUCCAAGGAUGGCCUGAUUUUCUUCAGUUUAGGUAGCAAUGUCAAAAGUGCAUAUUUACCAGACAAAGUAAAGCGAGAACUGUUGAAAGUGUUCGGUGGUCUGAAGCAGACGGUUUUGUGGAAGUUUGAAGAAGAACUGCCUGACACUCCUCCUAAUGUUCACAUAAUGAAAUGGGCCCCACAAACAAGUAUUUUAGCCCAUCCAAAUUGCAUAAUUUUCAUCACCCAUGGAGGUCUACUUUCCACAACCGAAGCUGUUCAUUUCGGAAAGGCCAUCAUUGCUAUACCGAUAUAUGCAGAUCAACCAACAAAUUCCAAGAGAGCAGUCAGUCAUGGAUUCGCCCUACAAGUUGAGCUAACAAUGAAUCUCGCAAAUGACCUUAAAGUUGCUCUUGAAGAAAUGAUAUCAAAUCCCAUGUAA